AUGCUUUCGCCAAAAUCCGAGUCGUACCACGACGCUCUCUACCACCUGGCUGCAGCAGCAGAGUCCUCCCCAUCACCGCAGCCUGGUAGUCACUAUCAAGAAGGAGGACCGCACUACCCGCCCUACCACCAUGCUCCUCAUCACAGCCACCAGCACCAGCAUUAUGAUCCUACCCAACAGCACCACCCGGCACAAACCCGGCACUACUCCAGCACGCAGCCUGUUCAUCGGUCAUCGCAUUCACAGAAUCAAUACAGGUAUUCAGAUCAUGGCUAUUCCCCAGUGUCAGCCUCCAUAUCUACCUCACGCCUUCCACCACCAUCCAGCUCCUCCAUCCAUCCCGAAGGAUCGUCCGCUCCAAGACCUUCGCCAUCUCAGCCCUCGGACCGCAGCGACGGUCCACCCAUCCGCACCGCAUCCGACGCUUCCAAUUCCGCUGCCGCUGCUACAGCCGCAGCCGAAAAGAAGAUCUCAUGCAUGGAGUGUCGUCUCUCCAAAGUCAAGUGUUCCGGCGGUGACCUCUGCACUCGUUGCAAACGUCUAGGCAAAGAAUGUUACUACAAGUCUCACAAGCGUGGGCGCAAGUCCGAUAGCUCCAAGAUUCAGAAACUCGAGAAAACCGUCGACUCGCUCAGCCGCGCGCUUGAGCAGUUCUCCAAGAACAAAGGCGCCGUCGCCGCCGGCAGUCCAGGCAGUUCGCAAUUUCUCUCCAAAGCUGCAUCGGCUGAUUCAAAAAAGCGCGUGUUGGAGAAGGAGGAAGUGUCGUCUCCCGAUGCGUUUAUGAAAGGUGCAGGCGGGGUGAAUGCGGCUUCGUCUUCCGUGGGGGCUAUGUCUCCGCCUUCGCAUUCGCCUCGUGCGGCUAUGAAUGGCGGCAGUUGGAGAACUUCGCAAGUGUACAGGCAGAGGUCGAUAUCUUCUUCGUGGCAAGCACCGCAGAGUAUUACUUCUGCGACGCCUACGUCGGAUGAUCCAGAUGAACCGGAGAAUUUGGGUUUGCCGACCUUGUCGAAUCCGUUGAAGCUGUUGGCCGCUGCUAGUGCUGGAGCUCGUGAUCGAGAUAAUGGGUUGGCAAGUGCUGAUGCGGCUACUUCCGGUUCUUCGCCUUCGAAUGAGUCUGCUUCGCAGACCGGGCCCAGUACGGCAUCUGCUGCUGAUCUCGACUCAGCAAAAGACGCUCCGGAGGCAGUGGCGCAGAAUGGCAACGACGACAAAUCCACCACAUCACAACAAGCCUCAACUACCACCACCGACGGCAAGUCCAUAGCGGUGGACAGCAACCGUCGAGUUAGUCUUUUCGGCAAUUACCCACGAACCACCAACUCCCGCACAGUCGGUCCCGGUCGAGGUAAAGCAUUCUUCGACAUUGGUCUCUUUUCCACCAAACUCGACAACCUUCCUGAAUUCGAUCCUAUCAAUCGUGGAUACCUCACCCUAGCAGAGGCGGAAAGUUUAUACAGCGUCUUCAUGCAGUACAUCAAUCCAGCGCUUACGUUGCUUGACCCGCAUCUGCACACGUUCGACUAUGUCAGGUCAUGCUCAGCACUGCUACUGAGCUGUACCUGUUGGAUUGCGGCAAAGUACAGGGUGGAAGCAAGCCAGAUUGCAGCCGAUUUGGAAAUGCAUAUUCGCUCCAACCUUUUGCCUACCAUAUUGAUGGAAGGUUUUCGUAAUGCGGAAAUCCCACAGGCCUUGAUUAUUCUAGCGGCCUACCAUCCACAGAUGAACACCUUGUCCGAGGAUAAAGCUUGGGCUUACGUCGGGUUCGCUAUUCGUAUCGCUUCCGAGCUCGAUAUGAACUCUCGGAUCUCUGUUCGUCCACCGAAUCGACAAGAUGAUGCGGGCUUGGCCAGGAGAUUAAGGAAUAGGGAGAGGACAUGGUUGAAUCUGUGGUUGUUUGAGACCAGUAUGAGUCAGCAUAUGGGUAGAAGGCCUACGUUGGCGAACGAUCCGGUGGUGAUGGGAUGUGCGCAUUGGCAUCUAGACAAAUACGCUUUGCCGGGGGAUAAGGCGAUGGUGGCGGUGGUACAGUUGAGGUUGUUGAUGUUGAGGAAUAUGGAGUUGUUUGAGAACUUUGUUGAUGUCAGUGUAACGCAUCUGCCGGCGGAGAGGACGGCGAAACAGGUGGAAUUGUUCAGAAGGAUUUGUGCGAGCGAUUUGGAUACUUGGUUGGCUACUUGGACUGGGCCGGCUCAGCAGCAGGCUUAUCAACCUUCUGCUUUGGAAGCUUCGUCCGCUACACCUGUUGCCGCAGCGGAAAAAGUUCGCGAUGGGAUAUUGGGCACAACAGACCUCCCCCCAACGCUAUCCCGAGUCCAUCGCUUGAAGCUGUACUACUGGUACGCACGCCUGAUCCUCGACACAAUCGCUCUCAAAUGCAGCCAUCUCGGGCUGGAAGUUCUUCGCCCAGUCUACAAAGACGCAUAUGCAUGUUGCAUGGCCUACCUCGGUCUCUUCGUCGCGACUAUGGUACCUAAUGGGCUGUUCUGGGGCCAUAACUCGACGGUAGUCACACCGGUGUACUGUGCGAUUUUCGCACUACGCAUCGUUGGGUUGAUUUCCACUUCGGCCGGUGCGGCUAGUUUGCAGGUCAAAUCGCUGCCAACGGGUGGAGGUAAGAAGGACGGAGGCGAGGAAGGGGAGGAUUUGGGGAUUGACAUUGAUGCAGAGUAUACUUUUGAGAUGGUGGAGAAGGUGGCAAGGGUUUGUGAGGAAGCGGGGAAGGCGACGCCGCACAGGAGGGGUGCUGCCGGUAGCUAUGCGUUUUUCUUGUUUACGGUGCUGGCGAAGGCGAAGAGUGCUUGGAAUGCUAAGUUGGCGCGAAAUGAGUCUAGCGAGGGGCCUGAGGGUGGGGAGAGGGGGAAAAAGCGAGACAGAGAGGAUGGAGAGGAUGAGGUGGAGGGUGCUGGAGACAAGAAGGAGAAGAGUGGGAAGAAGAGCAAGGGAUGGCAAGGUGCAGCUAAUGAAGGUAGCAGAGCUGAGCAGGGGAAGAACUGUGCUCAUAUUGGAACGGAGGACGGAGCGACGUCAGCAGCAAUUAGGGGAGAUGUAGUGACGAACAACGACCCAACAGCAACAGGAUCAGCUACUCCAGCUCCAGACCCAGACCACCAAUUCCUACGUCAGCUCAUGCAGUUCCAAGCAGGUCCAAGCGGUGUUCAGACUGCGAUUGUCAACCCCAUCCCCCCCUCUUCUUCUUCCACACAACACCUUCCACCUCAUCAUCAACAAGCAUACCCGCCUCACCACUCUUCUUUCCCGGGCUUUACACCCUACACCGCGCCUCAAUCCGGCUAUACCCCGGGCAGCACCAACGGCAUGCCCAUCGUUGCGGGACAGAAUGGUGCAGGAGCUGCCAAUUUCCUCGGCAAUAUGGAGAAUGGAGCUCAGCAAGCAGCAGGAGUGGUGUCUGGUGGUAAUGCAGCAAUGGAGGGCAGAGAAGCAGGAGGGGUAGUGGACAUCGAUUGGGAUUUUGGAAUGUUAGAUGGAUUCCUUGGUGAAUCGCUGUUCAGUGAUAUGAGUUUCAUUUCUUCUUCUGCUACUGCGCCUAACGCUACUGGGAACGGUUUCGAGGCUUAA